AUGAGGGCCGAUGCCGCCGCCUUCGUCCCGGGCCAGGGCUUCGUCAGCGAAAAGGCCGAGGUGCCGAAAUCGCGGCGGGCAGCUGCUCCCGUGAUGAGCGAAGCUUCCAAGCGCAUGCCCACCUAUGAGAAGAAGGACUGGAUCAUCGCCGGCAUUCGGCACAACAUUGUGACUGUUAUCAGCGGUGACACCGGUUGUGGAAAGUCGACAUUGAUUCCACAGCUGGUCUGCGAUGCGGAGAACCUGGUUCCAGACGACAAGGUCGUCGUCUGCACGCAGCCGCGGCGAGUGGCUGCAAUCACGCUGGCCGAGUACGUUGCGAGAGACCGCGGCCAGGAGCUCGGCGAUGAGGUUGGAUAUCAGAUCCGUUUCAUCAACAAGUUCUGCGAGACGACUCGCCUGAUCUACGCCACGACUGCCAUCGUGUUGCGGAGACUGCAUAGUGAGCCCACCUUGGAUAGCAUCGGAUGCCUCAUCAUCGACGAGGUGCACGAACGCGACGUUUACACCGACUUCCUGUUGCUCCUGCUCAAAGAAGCCAUGUUGAACGGCCGAAUGCCUCAUCUGAAGGUGGUCCUGAUGAGUGCCACGCUGAAAGCGGACGACUUCGCCAACUAUUUCAACAAGGUCAACGGCCAGACAGCUCUGAAACCGGUCCACAUCCCGGGACGGAUGUAUUCUGUGGAAGACUACUAUUGGGAGGAUGCGUGCGAGUGGAUUGGCUUCUGUCCGCCGGACAAGGGCGCUGGGAAGGGCGGCAAGGGGAAGAAGGGGAAAGACCGCGAUGACGGUGGUGCGGAGGACAAGAUCGAAGCUUGUUACCAGGCCAUCAAGAAGGAUGAAACUCCAAAAGGAAGGCCCGGUAGCGAACGAGCUGACUCCUAUGGACUCAACACGCUCCGGGCCUGUGCACUCUGGCGCCAGUGCGAGGUAUAUGUUGACCUCGUCGAGGAGCUGGUCCACUACUUUCACCACAAGCAACCGAAGGGCGAUGGGGCGAUCCUGAUCUUCUUGCCAGGCUGGGGCGACAUCACGAAGACGUACAUCCGCCUCUACCAGUCAGGUGAGAAUUACAAACUCAUCACUCUGCACUCCCUGAUGACACCGGAGCAGCAGCACGAGGCCUUCGAGAAGCCGCCUGCAGGCUAUCGAAAGAUCGUGCUCUCCACCAACAUCGCAGAAGCCUCUGUGACCAUCGACGACGCGAACGUGCCGAGCAUUGGAUGCUGGUAG